CACGGAAGCACUUCUGAUUCAACUCGGAUCCUGGUUAAUGAAGAAAGAAGCGCGGGAAAUUUGUACAGGCGUAAGUGAUCGACCAACGUAUGUCUCCAGGUAGCAAUUGAAGACGCCUUGGCUGUUGGGGCUUUGGAGAAUCGGAACUUAAGAGGGAAGCGAAGGAAACUUGAUUUUUACCCGCCUUUUCUGAGUAGGCUGAGCGGAUUCCUGGGAAAGAAAUUAAAAACGGCCGCGGGAUCUCACAGACCGAUGUUUUUAUAAAAUGGAUGAAGCAACAGGUGAUUUAAAACUGCCUCUUCAAAAUGACUGUGAAUCCCUGCAGAUACAUGUGGAAGUUCAUCAGAAAUCAAACAGUACUGCAAAAAAAGAAGAUAUCAAACUAAGUGUCUUAAAGCUACUAAACCGGCACAAUGUUAUUUUUGGUGAUUACAAAUGGAUUGAGUUUGAUGAUUGCUUCCUAACAAAUAACGUACAAUCAAUUGCAGUUGUGGAUACAGAGCUAAAGCUGAAAGAAAGACAGCCUAUCAGCUUGAAUAAAUGCAAACUUUUUAUCCAUAUUUUUCAUCUCAAUGAGGAAGGGUCUACUACAGAAAAUCUGGAUGCAGAAGAUGAGCAUAUUGUUGCAGCUAAUCAUUGGUUAUUACCUACAGUUGAGUUUCAUCGUCUAUGGGAAAGCCUAAUUUAUGAUGCUGAAAUAAAAUCAGAUUUAUUAAAUUAUGUGACCACAACAUUACUAUUCUCUGACCGAAGUGUUGAUAACAACUUGAUAUCAUGGAACAGAGUUAUUCUACUACAUGGUCCUCCUGGAACUGGUAAAACUUCCCUUUGUCGAGCAAUGGCACAGAAGUUGACUAUUAGACUCUCACAUAGGUACUGCUAUGGACAGUUGGUAGAGAUAAAUAGUCACAGCCUUUUUUCUAAGUGGUUCUCAGAGAGUGGCAAACUUGUUACAAAAAUGUUUCAGAAGAUUCAAGAAUUAAUUGAUGACAAAGAUGCCCUUGUAUUUGUACUUAUUGAUGAGGUGGAAAGUCUCACUGCUGCUCGUAAUGCUUUUCAAGCAGGUACUGAGCCUUCUGAUGCCAUCCGUGUUGUAAAUGCAGUACUUACACAAAUUGAUCAGAUCAAAAGGUAUCCUAAUGUGGUUUUACUGACGACUUCAAAUAUCACAGAGAAAAUUGAUAUUGCUUUUGUAGAUAGAGCUGAUAUUAAGCAAUAUAUUGGGCCACCUUCUCCUGCAGCUAUAUUCAAAAUCUAUCAUUCUUGCAUAGAAGAACUAAUGAAGUGCCAAAUAAUAUAUCCCCGUCAGCAACUGUUAACACUCCAUGAGUUAGAGGUGAUUGGUUACUUAGAAAACGACGUGUCAAAAUUAAGUCUCCUGUUAAAAGAUAUUUCAAGGAAAAGCGAAGGACUUAGCGGCCGUAUCCUAAGAAAGCUUCCUUUUCUAGCCCAUGCACUGUAUAUUCAGUCUCCUAGUGUUAUAAUGACAACUUUCCUCCAAGCUUUAUCACUUGCAGUGGACAAGCAAUUUGAAGAACGAGCAAAGCUUUCAAACUGUGUUUGAUAUUCUGAUUCUUAUUCUAUGUUUUGUGGUAAUUUUUUUUAAUAUUUUGUUUUUUUAUCUACCUACUGAGAUUGCUAAUUAAGAACCAUAUGUUUUUAACCUGAAGAUCAGUCCAGACUUUCUUUUUUCAACUAUUGCACAUAUAAUAAAUUACUUCUAUAUGUUCAAAGGCUUGGUUUUGUUUGGGUCAAGAUGCCAUGUACUGUUAGGAAAAGUCAUUUAAAAGCAAUUCCAAGAAGUUAUUAUUCCCAAUAAUUUUGACACAUUCUUGGAGUUGGAAUGUCUAUGAUUUAUAUCAUUUUGUAUUGUUUCUCUGAACUAGAUGACUACCUUUUAUAUCUCUUGUAAAAAAUGAUAAAUAAGAAUAAUUUUUGUGUGUUUGUUUUGCUUCUCAUCUAAGAAGUUGAACUGUCUUGAACUGAAGAAACUUCUUGGAUGAGAAAUGAAAAGUUUUAAAGAAAAAAACCAAAGAAGUUCAAUUGCCUUUUGAAAAAAGGAUCUUUGGGAUAUGCUAAUUAAGGUUACUGUCUGAUUAAAAACAUAUAGAAAACUACAUGUUAAUAGAGUAAGUGGAAGAUAUGUUUUUGGUAUAAUAUAUGUAUGGGUCCAAGCCAGACCAAUCCUAAAAAGAAACAAUCUCACAGAAUACCUGUUUGCCUUUUUCAACCUACAAUUUAAUAUGUAUUUAUUUAAUUCAGUUCUAAUAAGCAAAAACAGUUUAAUCUAAUACAUUAAACGAGUAUCACUGGCAAUGCCUUAAAAUCGAACAAAUUAAUACGAAUUAGAGGCUGAAGCACUUCUGAGCUGACGUUUCAAGUAGAUUGUAUGAAUGAUAAAGCUUUAAAGAUAUGUAUUAGCAACUACAAUUAAAAAUGCUAUUGGGGUUCUUUGCUUUUUAUUUUAGGAGGAUUGAAGAGUUUUUAGUUCAGGAUAGAACACUGAAGGAACAAUACAUCAUAGAAUACCUCUACCUUUAUACCUCUAAUACCGUUGCUAUUUCCCUACAAUAUCUCAAAUGUUGUUUCUAUUAUGUUUCUCUUGAUUCAUAUUUAUGUUUUAGCAUCUUGGACUUCUGUUUCUUUAGUUUUUUAUAAAAUUUCUGAAAGCACAUUUCUACACCUUUUAAUAUUAUAGCCCAGCCUGAAUUCUGAUUGUAAAAGGGAAGAUUGGAGAUUGAACAGAAAUUAUCUAAAACUACUGUGUCCAAGAAUGGCCUCUUGAAGAUAGAGCAUACCAUGGCCUCUUUCAAGGCAAGCAGAGCUAUCUUCUCCCACUAAGGGGCAUUAAUUAGAACUUGGACUCAGCUGCAUUUAUCUUCCUAAGAGGCUUUGACCAGUCACAGCAAUACGGACAUUGUCCAAAUUCAAGCAACUUUGUCCAAGUAUGCCUAAAAUGAUUCCCACAAUAAUCUUGCAAAGGCUCACCUUGAAACAGAACUGUUAACCAGAUACCUACAGACUCAGUAAGAGUAGAGAAGUAAACACAUUGUGCAACUCUUAUUUACCACAAAAGCCUAAUAAACACUCUUACCUAUGCCAAGUCAGUUUCAUCCUUUGAUCCUGUCUUUCUUCAAUAGUACUCUGAGCCUCUCUUAUAUUUCUGCAUCUCAUGGAGCUCCUCUGUGAACCAGGAGGUUCUAUUCAUGACUACAUAGACACAAACCCACCUGUCAUAUGUUCAUUUCAACCCAUGACUAAGUUUUGUCUAAGCCAUGUGCUGGAAACUCAGGAAUAACCCUAAGCUCCCUUUGAAAUCUACUGGGUCCAUCAAUCUCUUCUGGAGGAUUGACUGAAUAGGCCCAGCUUCUCUGCAGUUCAGAGGAUAUUGAUGUUCGUUGACUUCAGAAAAUUAACUGAAAACCUUAAAAAAGGCACUAGAGAUUUUGUUUUCUCAAUUCAAAUGAUUCCUGAGAAGUUAAACAGACAAGAUAUUCUACACCUAGAACUUUCUAAAAUAGAAUUUAAAUAGAAAUAGCAAUGUGUACAUAACUGUUACAGCAUUUUUCAUAUUUCUGAACCACCCAGUUUAUAUUUACAGUAGUUUGUAUUUAGUAAUACAGAAAAAGUGUUUUGUAAACCAUUUUAAAAAGCCAAAUGCCACUACUGUUGGAAGAGAAAGUUGAAGAAAAGAUUGAUACAGAAUUAGCUACAGACCAGCAGAAAUGAAACUAACUGAUGUCUCUAGGUUUGAUAUGCUUAAUACCCUUUCCCAAAAAAAGUUGUAGUUGCAUUGUCAUUCAUCAAAUCUUAUAAAUCUACAAGAAAUCCCUGUGAUAAGAUCAAUGAUUAUCUCCAAAUAUGUAUAUAUAGGAUUACCAUAUUAAAUUCUGGAAGGAAUUUAAGAGAUUGCUUGAAGUUUAUACAAAAGGAUAGGAAAGAAACUGUAUUUUUGGUGAGAAAACAAUGGAAAAACACUAGCAAAAGGACAAAUAGAGAAGAUAGAUGGCAAUUUAUACUGUGAGCUUAAUCUAAAGAA